AUGCUACAGGGAACUAAUCUAGCAUCGCGGAGCGGCGCCGGCGACGAUUCGCGGUACAUAAGGCCGCAAAACGAGCAACAUUUCGUGGGCAUACUCUCCGACGCCCUGCAGAAGAACGGCCUUCCCGCAAGCGCGACACAUGCGAUCAUGGACACUAGCCGAAGCGGUAUUUUUGGGCUGAGAUCUAGUUGGGACGACUGGUGUAAUAUCAACGGCGCCGGUUUCGCUAUCAGGCCUACGUCGCAAACAAAUAACGAAAGGCUUGACGCUUUCGUUUGGGUGAAACAUCCCGGAGAGUCAGAUGGCCCGAGUGAUUCUGCUGAGUCCGAGUACGAUGUAUUCUGCGGGAAGGAAGACGCAGUGAAGCUUUCUCCAGGAGUAGGGCUAUGGCACCAGGAUUAUUUUGAGAUGCUGGUCCGCAACGCUGACCCUUCUCUAUAA